CACAGCAACAUCGGUGGCUCUGAAUUCAUGACAUGGCAGCAAAACUCAUCUACUUCACCGUGAAUGGGACACCGGAGCAGGCUGAGUUCCUGGUGGAUUGCCCUGCUGAGGACGUCAAAGAUCUGUUCCGCUGUGCAGCCGAGGCAGGACCCCAUGACAUCCUGAAGCUGUACAACCCCAAAGGCAACAUCAUCAACAUCUCCCCGAGUCUGGAGCCCAACAGCCCAAACUCCUGCUACAAGCUGGAGGUGGUGGCCGCCGACAGCAACAGUGAGCCGUUAGCUGCGGAGCUUGCUGUUGCACUCGGAUUUGACCUCUCCUCUAUGGACAAAAGACUGCAGGGCCUGGAGAAGAACAUCCUGAUCGAGGCCGGUGAGACUCCUGCAGUUGUGUACGAGAUGAAGAAACAGGUGGAUUCAUUCCAGGAGAAACUAGAGAGUGUGGAGCAUCUGAGCUGGCUGGGAUUGUUUAAAGACCUGUCGGAGGGAACACACAAGCCCUCCCCCUUCUACCACAAGAGAACCCUGCAUAAGACCAGGAAGGAGUGCGAGCAUGUGCGGGAAAAGUUUCUACAAAUGAGCUCCCUGGAAGUGUCAGAGGGGGUGAGGCAGUACUUAAAGACCCCGACCUUUGAUAACUGGCAGUGGGAGGACGCAGAGAUCAUGGUGCUCCUUCAGGUCAUGUACACAGAUUUAGAUUUCAUAGCGGCUUUCAACAUCGAGCCAGAAGUACUGCAACAGUUCCUGUUUCAGGUCUACCGACGAUACAACAACAUCCCUUUCCACAACUUCAAGCACUGCUUCUGUGUCACCCAGAUGAUGUAUGGUUUGAUCUGGCUGACUGACCUGAAGACUAAGAUGGACAGCGUGGAUCUGCUGAUCAUGCUGACCUGUGCGGUCUGCCACGACCUCGACCACACAGGAUACAACAACGCCUAUCAGAUAAAUGCUCGGACUGAACUUGCUCUCCGCUACAACGACAUCUCUCCACUGGAGAACCACCACUGUGCUGUAGCUUUUGAGAUCCUAGAGAAGACAGAGAGCAACAUCUUCAGAAACUUGUCCAUGGAUCAAUACAAACGGAUUAGAGAAGGGAUCAUCAAAUGCAUUCUGGCCACUGACAUGACGCGGCACAAUGAGAUUCUCAACAGGUUCAAGUCCAUCCUGCCAUCGUUUGACUUCACCAACAAGGACCACAGAGAAGUGCUGAUGAUGAUUCUGAUCAAAGUGAGCGACAUAUCCAACGAGGCGCGGCCCAUGGAGGUGGCUGAGCCCUGGUUGGACUGUCUUCUGCAGGAAUUCUACAACCAGAGUGAUAAGGAGAAGUUAGAGGGUCUUCCCGUCACGCCCUUCAUGGACCGGGACAAAGUAAACAAGCCUUCAUCUCAAACAGGCUUCAUCAGAUUUGUCCUUUUGCCUCUCUUCAUCGAGCUGGCCAACCUCUUCCCCUGCUUGGAGCAACACAUCAUCGACCCGGUACGGAAGGCUCUGGAUUACUACACAGAGAUGGAGAAAGCACUGGAGAGGGAGAAGCAGAUCCGGGCUCAGAGUGAGAAUGCAGCCAAGAGCCAGGAGACGACUGUGGGCACACAGAGCUCAGCUGACAGCCACACGGAGGCUCUGCCCGAAGCCUCGAAACCAGACGCACAGUGAGCUGGUGGCAUGUACUGGACAGGGCAUCUUAUCUGAAGAGUGUAUGAUUUUAGACUGAUUUAAAUGUAUUCCAACUGUCUGAAUGGACUUUGACAUGUUUAUUUACUGGGCUAAGCACAAGCACCGUACUCUGAUCCGUCUGUAGUAGUUUUGGUGUCUGCAGUAUUAAAUGGAAUACGGUGAGGUGGAACCUAACUUUUACUCGAUGAGCUCGAUAUCAUUCUCAACACUAAUGUAUUUUUUAUAUUAUAGUAUUUCCAAAGUACAGUGCAACACAUUUUCGUGAAUUAUAUUUUAUGACGAAAAACAUUUUUGUAUUAUAAAAGAAACAAGUGACAAAUGUUGCAUGUUAGGUCACACAAUAUAAUACAAUAAAACCUCCACUGUUGGUUUGGGAGGAAAUAAACUCGAUAUACUGUUAGCUGAUUUGGUUGCAUUGCAUCAAAUGUGGUCAGUUGAAAACACACCAGAGACUAUCUGGAGAUUGGAUCACACCAGCUGCAACCCCAAUAGGGCCCUAUUAAAGCCCCGGGCGUCAUAAGGUACAAACCAUAUGUAGAAAAGUGUCAGUCUGUGUCUCUAUGUGGUAUGGACUGCCGUUUCUUUGCUAUCACGUCCGUGGUUCUCAUGCAGCAUUUCAGACA